AUGACUGACAAGAGUGACGGCAUUGGAUCCGUUGACGGCUUGUCUUCGCACAAGAGAGCGGACACAAUGAGCGUCAGUGACGACCACUCGUCCAUCCAGUCCUCCCUCCAGAAGCCCGUCAUUCAGAACAUAAGUCCGCGGACUAUAUCUGGAGUAUUGUCUCAAAGCAACCAAAAGGCCAUCGAUUGGUCUUUGAAUGGAUUGAUAGCAUUUGCUUCAUAUAAUCGGGUCCUCGUUGUGGACGCCAUCCAUGGCCUCAGAGUCUGUCAGAGCCUUCACAGACACAACUCGUCGGUGUGUCUCAUCCGAUGGUGUCCUUCAACUGAUCUCAAGUUAUGUUCGGUCGACACAAACGGGACAAUCAUUGUAUGGGAUGUGAACGAAGGGUCUGUC